CUGGGCGAAGAGUCUCCCUACUUCGUCUGUUGCGGCCUUGUGUGAGCAUGUUAGGAGCUACGCCACCUAGCGGUGCAGUCCGCCAGCCGUCCGCCAGCGCAGCGCCUGUGACAGACGGCGAAGGGGAAGCGGAGAACCUGAAGCCGCACAUCCAGCUUCAUGAGAAAAUAGGCGUUUAGGAGCAAGCCCUGGCUUUAGCUCUGAAAGGCGGACACUUCUUCUCCGAUCCGUAUUAAAGAGCCCGAGGAGGGGCUGUGUUCGCGUCUGUAGGAUGUCCCGACAUGAAGGGGUCAGCUGUGAUGCAUGUUUAAAAGGAAACUUCAGAGGCCGCCGAUAUAAGUGUUUAAUUUGCUACGACUACGACUUGUGCGCAUCAUGCUAUGAGAGCGGAGCCACGACCACCCGACACACUACGGAGCAUCCCAUGCAGUGUAUACUGACCCGGGUAGAUUUUGACUUGUAUUAUGGUGGGGAGGCCUUCUCGGUGGAGCAGCCGCAGUCAUUCACGUGUCCUUACUGUGGAAAAAUGGGCUAUACAGAAACAUCUCUACAGGAACAUGUCACAUCUGAGCAUGCAGAGACCUCCACAGAGGUGAUUUGUCCAAUAUGUGCUGCACUCCCAGGCGGGGACCCUAAUCAUGUGACGGAUGACUUUGCCGCUCACCUCACACUUGAACACAGAGCACCCAGAGAUCUGGACGAAUCGAGUGGUGUUCGGCAUGUGAGGAGGAUGUUCCAUCCUGGGCGGGGGCUGGGAGGUCCUCGCGCCCGCAGGUCCAACAUGCACUUUACAAGCAGCUCCACUGGGGGGCUCUCCUCUUCUCAGAGCGCUUCCUAUUCUCCAAGCAACAGGGAAGCCAUGGAUCCCAUAGCAGAGCUGUUGUCACAGCUGUCUGGUGUUCGGCGCUCCGCGGGGGGGCAGCUGAACUCGGGCCCGUCUGCGUCGCAGCUUCAGCAGUUGCAGAUGCAGCUUCAGCUGGAGCGCCAGCAGGCCCAGGCGGCCCGGCAGCAGCUGGAAACGGCCCGCAAUGCCUCUCGCCGCUCCAAUGCAAGCAACAUGAGCACCUCCAUCCCCCAGCCCAGCGCCGCCUCUAAUGCUGCACCUGACAGCAACCCCCCUUCCUCCCACAGCUCCCAGUUCCUCCUCACAAGGUUGAAUGAGCCAAAGAUGUCGGAGGCCGAGCGGCAGAUCGCGGAGAGCGAGCGUGCGGACCGCAGCCUGUUCGUGCAGGAGCUGCUGCUGUCCACGCUCAUGUGUGAGGAGAGCAGCUCCUCCGACGAGGACGAGCGCAGAGAUUUCGCCGACUUUGGGGCCAUGGGCUGUGUAGAUAUUAUGCCUUUAGAUGUUGCUUUGGAAAACCUAAACCUGAAAGAGAGAAACACGGGGAAGGAGCCUCCGCCGCCUCCUCUUUGAUGUCGUCCUUUCACGCAGACAAUGUCCUCUGUGCUGUAACUGCCAAUGAGAGUGGACAACACCUGUUUUUGGAUUUGUUUUUCGGUGAUUGUAAUUACAGGCCUGUCACCCAUGUUACAUUGUGUACAUUCAUAAAAAACAAGAGAGCGCGUGAGAAGAAGAAAUAUAUUAAAUAUAUGAAAGCUGAUAAUCAGUUCCACAUAACUAAUUUUUACUUCAGAAGGUUAACAAAGGUCGCAGUGCUUCCGCUGCUUGUUUGAAAGGCUCUCCAGAAAAUACUCCACAUUCGACACUGCAGAGGACACAAACCCUUCUCUAAGAAGCUGCUGUGUGUAUUUAUGAAUAUUAAUGAAUAAAAAGUGCUUGGAUGGUUUACCGUAACUACUGCAUGAUGUCAUUUGCAGCGUGCAUGAGUUUUAAUGACACUGUCAUUAAAAUAGGAAAAAAAAAAUCCCAAAGCUUUCUUUAAACAUUUAAGGGUUACUUGAACAAGAUUUCAAAUCAAAUAUAGCAAAAACAAGAAACUGAGGGACUUGUAUUUUAAUGUUCUUUUGUGUUAAAACUAUUAUAGAAGCUGCAGUAGUUACUAAAACAGUGCAAUGUCUGUCACAGCUUGACUGUCCCUCCUUCAGUGUGACAUCACCGUGUGUGAUUUGCCCAUGUGGCCUCUUGUAUCACCCAAUUACAGUCGCAGGACUGCUUCCCAGGGUGUGACGGUGAAUUUCAGAAUGUGCAAAAUGACAAGAUGAAAACAACACUGAGAUCCCAUAAAAAGUAUGUUGUUUGAGGAAAACCUGAUCAACAGAAGAAAAAAAUCUUGCUUCUAAUAUUUUUCUCAUAUAUUGUGAUGUUUAGUGGUCAGCUGUUCAAGCACCAGAUGUAGAUUCUCAUUUAUGCACUUGUACAGAUGACCUGCUUGGUCCUGCUUAUCAUGUUCACUUUAUUAUUUUUUUUAAUCUUUCUCCUUCCCUCUUUCCUUAGUUUGCCUUUUUCCAAAACCACAAGUUUUAGAUCUUUUCAUUUGUGGGUGAGGAGUAAGAGGCCUUGCAGCCACUAUUUUUGUUCUUUUUAAAAAAGGCAUUCUAAUUUCCUCUGCUAAAAAUAGCACCUUCUCCUUAUUCCUUUUUUAAGCCUUGUGAUGACUCAUGCCACCUUCCUGCCUAUACUCUUACCCUCUAUGUAAAAUACAAUGAGAUGUAUAUUGAAUUUGUGCGUUAACUUUCGUAAUGGUUCUAGGACAUGGGCAAACUUUCAUUUUUUUAAUGUAAAUUUAGAAUACAACAAUAAAACUUGCGCACAGCUUUUGAUGAAAAUUGA